AUGGUGCCGGCAAAAUGUGGUUGGGUGGUGAUUGUUAUGGCUGGGUACUGGACGUGCGAGGUAGUCCCCCUGGCUGUCACAGCACUCCUCCCGGUUCUUCUCUUCCCUCUACUCGGUCUUCAAGAUUCAGAUGAUGUAUGCCGUAACUACCUCAAGGAUACCAACUUCUUGUGUAUGGGAGGAUUAAUGGUGGCUGUUGCUAUACAACAUUGGAAUCUACAUCGGCGUAUUGCACUGAGAGUGUUGCUACUGUGUGGUGCUCAACCAAAAAGGUUGAUGCUUGGUUUUAUGUCAGUCACUGCCUUCUUGUCCAUGUGGAUCAGCAAUACCGCCACCACCGCCAUGAUGGUGCCAAUCGUGAAUUCAGUACUUGCCCAAAUCGUUGGGAAAGAAGAAUCGGUGAGUUUAUGCUCAGGUAAAGAGUCGGAGGGCAAUGAACAGCCAGACGAAAACGGUUUGCUGGAUUCAAGAUACGACAACAUACAGAUGACAGAUGACAAGGAACAUCAAGAGGAACACAACACAACCACGACGAAGCUUAAAAGCACAUCCCGCUUGGAUGAGGAUGUGAAAAUAAGUAAACUAGAACUCGUGAAGAACGAAGCUGCAAUCGAUGCCGAAUUUGUCAAACCCUCAACGGAGCAAGACAAAGCAGAUAAUAUCGACAUGUCUUCCUUAUCAACAGCAGAGAGCAAUUUGUGUAAAGGCAUGAUGCUGUGUGUUGCGUGCUCAGCAUCGUUUGGUGGUACGGCCACACUCACGGGGACGGGUACUAACCUCGUACUCAGCGAAGUGGUGGGCGAUUUGUACGGAGAGGAGGCUGGUAUUAAUUUUGCUUCGUGGUUGGUCUUCGCACUGCCGGCAAUGAUUCUAUGCGUUCUGAUUGGAUGGCUAUGGUUGCAAUUCUUCUUCAUCGACAGAAGGAUACUCGGAUGUUGUCGUGAUUGCAGCUCGUGUUUCUCAUGCAAAGACGGACAAAAAAAGAAAGGGCAGAAAAUCAAGGCUGUCAUUCGGGCACAGUACGACGCUCUUGGUCCAAUUUCGUGGGCGGAGUCAUGGGUAUUGGUACACUUCGUAGCCCUAGCGCUUCUCUGGCUGACAAAAGAACUGUCAUUCAUCCCUGAUGCAAUGGGGUGGGCGGGGCUGUUCCCAGUUACAGAAUAUGUAACCGACGCCACUGCAGUUGUCUUCAUAUGCUUUCUGUUAUUUAUUUUCCCUUCAAAGCCACCAAAUGUGUUGUGCUUCCGAGAUGGCACGCCGGUUGGUCCACGGGUUCCGUUAUUAUCCUGGUCUAUGGUUCAGAAGAAGCUACCGUGGAAUGUGGUAUUUCUCUUGGGUGGGGGAUUCGCUCUCGCCGAUGGAUGCAAAGAAUCCGGUCUCUCCCAGUGGCUCGCAGACCAGUUUAGAGUCUUCCAGGGCGUUCCCGCACCCGUCCUCAUCCUAAUCAUCACAAUCGUCAUCUGUAUUUUUACAGAGUUCACCAGCAACGUCGCCACGGCAACCAUUUUCCUACCCGUUCUUUCCGCGUUGGCUGAGAGUAUUUGCAUCAACCCAUUGUACAUUAUGAUUCCUGCUGCAUUGUCCUGCUCUUAUGCCUUUAUGCUACCGGUCGCAACCCCGCCUAAUGCAAUCGUAUUCUCCUAUGGUACAGUCACUGUACUUGAUAUGGCAAAAUCAGGUGCAAUGAUGAACUUCAUAGGCAUCGUCAUGGUUAACGUGUUGAUAAACACGCUAGCCAUUCCUAUGUUUGACGUGUAUAACUACCCUUCGUGGGCGAACAACUCAACGUGCCAAGCAUAGAGCUGGGGAAACAACUCAACGUGCCAAGCAUAGAGCCCUGAGGGAACGAAUCAUGGCGAACAUAAAUCCUUGGGGCACACAGGUCUUAGAUUGUCUGAUAUAAGAUUGGAGAAAAAAAAACAAUUAAUAACUUGUUCAUUUUCAAGCUAAUUAUAAAGCAUCGAACAAGAGUGACGGGACAGUUUUU